GUUUCCUCCACCUCCUUUUUGUCUCGUUGUGUUUUUAUUAAUUUUUCGCCUUUUUCAGUCCCCCUUCGAUUGUAUCUCUCUAUCGUCUUCUUCAUUUCCUUCCCUUUCCCCCGCACCCCACUUUUCUCUCUCUCUCUCUCUCUCUUUCUCUCUCUGUUUAUCUCCUCUCGCACGAAAGGAAACCUUUUCCCUUCCCCCCUUGUUUUUGAUUUGAUUUUGAUUUUUGAUUUCAUGGAAAAGAAGAAUAAUAAUAUUUAUAAUUAUAAUUAAAAGAAAAAGGAAAAGAUGGUUUCGCCAUGGCUUACCUCGCUCGCAUGCUCUCCUCCUCCUUCGACCCCUCCCCUCCAAUGGCUCCGCUUCCUCUUCCUCUCCCCCUGCCCCCAACGCUUCCUUUUGAGCGCCGCCGACGCGCUCUUCCUCCUAACCCUAAUCGCCCUCUCCAUCCCCAGGCUCCUCUCCCGCUUCCGCCGCGGCCGAACCCUAGCCCCCGCCCCCGGGUGGCGCGUCGCCGAGCCGCUCUUCCUCGGGCUCCAGUUCCUCGCCCACGCCGCCGCCGCCGCGCUCGUCGCCCACGCGAAGCGCUUCGGCGCGGCGACGCACCCCGCCGCGCUCCGCCUCUUCUGGAUCGCCUCCUUCGCCCUCGCCGCCCUCUCCGCCGCCUCCGCCGCGCUCCGCCUCGCCGGCGGCGACCCGAUCCCCUUCGACGACCCCGCCGCCCUCGUCUCCCUCGCCCUCGCCCUCCCCCUCCUCUUCCUCGCGGCGACCGGAUCCACGGGGGUUCAAACACCACCACCGCCCGGCCCCGGCCCCGAACCGGACCGGCCCGACCCCGAGUCCAAACCGGCCCCGAACACCACGCCCUACGCCGCCGCGUCGCUCCCGUCGCGCGCCACGUGGAGCUGGAUGAACCCUCUGAUCUCCAAGGGCUACCGCGCGCCGCUCAAGCUCGACGACGUCCCCGCGCUCGCCCCGGACCACCGCGCCGAGCGCAUGUACGAGCUCUUCCGGUCGAACUGGCCCGAGCCGGCGGUCCGGUCCGCGCACCCGGUCCGGUCCACCCUGUUCCGGUGCUUCUGGCCGCACUUCCUCCUCAACGCGUCGCUCGCCGUGGUUCGCCUGCUCGUGAUGUACGUCGGCCCCUCCCUGAUCCAGCGAUUCGUGGACUUCACGGAGGGGCCGCGGACGUCGAUGGCGGAGGGCUACUACCUGGUGGCCGUAUUGCUCGCCGCGAAGACGGUGGAGGUGAUGUGCUCGCACCAAUACAAUUUCCACUGCCAGAAGCUGGGGAUGCUGAUCCGGUCGACGCUGAUCACCGCGCUGUACAACAAGGGCCUGCGCCUCUCCUGCUCGGCCCGCCAGGCGCACGGCGUCGGCAUGAUCGUCAACUACAUGGCCGUCGACGCGCAGCAGCUCUCCGACAUGAUGCUCCAGAUACACUACCUCUGGCUCAUGCCACUGCAGGUCGGAGUUGCCCUUGCGCUCCUGUACACGUACCUGGGGCCCCCGGUGACGUCGGCGACCGUCGGCAUCUUCGGGAUCAUGGCGUUCGUCCUCUUCGGCAGCCGGCGCAACAACCGGUUCCAGUUCCAGCUGAUGGGGAUGCGCGACAAGCGGAUGAAGGCCAUGAACGAGAUGCUCAACUACGUGCGCGUCAUCAAGCUGCAGGCGUGGGAGGAGCACUUCGACCGCCGCGUCCGCAGCAUCCGCGACGGCGAGUACGGCUGGCUCGCCCGCUUCAUGUACUCCAUCUCCGGGAACAUCAUCGCCCUCUGGAGCGCCCCCGUCGUCGUCGCCGCGCUCGUCUUCGGCACCUGCGUCGCCGCCGGGGUCACGCUCGACGCGGGCCUCGUCUUCACCGCCACCUCGUUCUUUAAGGUCCUCCAGGAGCCCAUGCGCAACUUCCCGCAGGCCCUCAUCCAGGCCUCGCAGGCGAUGAUCUCGCUGGAGAGGAUCGACGCGUACCUCACGAGCGGGGAGCUCGACGAGGCGGCGGUGGAGAGGGUCGAAGGAUGCGGAGACGACGGCAUUGCGGUGGAGGUGCGUGGCGGGGCUUUCGUGUGGGACGACGAGGGGACGGCGGAGAAGGACAAGGAGAAUGACGCAGCCACCGAAGCGGCAGCAGCGGCGGCGGCGGCAGGGGGAUUGAAGGGGAUCGACAUCGAGAUUCGAGCCGGGGCGCUCGCGUCGGUGGUGGGGACCGUCGGAUCGGGGAAGAGCUCCCUGCUCUCCUGCAUCCUCGGCGAGAUGCGCAAGAUCGCGGGAAAGGUUAGGAUUUGCGGGAGCACAGCCUACGUGGCGCAAACAGCAUGGAUCCAAAAUGGAACCAUCCAAGACAACAUCUUGUUCGGGAAGCCGAUGAACCAAGAAAGGUACAAGGAAGUCAUCCGUGUUUGUUGCUUGGAGAAGGACUUGGAGAUGAUGGAGUUUGGAGAUCAGACAGAGAUAGGGGAGAGAGGGAUCAACCUUAGUGGCGGCCAGAAGCAGCGUAUACAGCUCGCAAGGGCUGUCUAUCAGGACUGUGACAUUUACCUUCUUGAUGAUGUCUUUAGUGCCGUCGACGCUCACACGGGUUCAGAGAUCUUUAAGGAAUGCAUAAAGGGUGCACUCAGAGAGAAGACUGUUAUCCUUGUAACACAUCAAGUCGACUUCCUGCACAAUGUUGAUGCUAUAUUUGUAAUGAGAGAUGGGAUGAUUGUACAGUCAGGGAAGUAUAACGAGUUACUACAAGCCGGUUCGGACUUUGCUUCUCUUGUCGCAGCUCACGAUAGUUCAAUGGAGCUUGUAGAGCACACGGGUGCAGUAGGACAUGACGCCACCCCAGAACAUACAGAAUCAAAGCGUCCCACCACGAAUAACAUGAAAUCUAGCGGCGAGACCUCUUCACCAAUCUCACCAAAGAAAGAGAAAGCCAGUUCCAAGCUCAUUAAGGAGGAGGAGAGAGAGUCUGGGCAUGUAAGCUGGCGCAUAUACAAGAUGUAUAUCACCGAGGCGUGGGGUUGGUGGGGAGUCAUCGUGGUGUUCGUUAUGUCCUUAGUGUGGCAGUGUUCACUAAUGGCGAGUGACUAUUGGUUGGCUUUUGAAACAUCGGAGGAUAAUGCAGCUUCUUUUCGUCCGUCCUUGUUUAUCGAGGUUUAUGCUGGUAUAGCAGUGAUUUCUGUUAUCCUUGUCGCACUGAGGGCUUUUCUUGUAGCAUAUUUGGGGCUUGAAACUGCUCAGAUAUUCUUCAAGCAAUUCUUGAACAGUAUACUGCAUGCUCCGAUGUCAUUUUUUGAUACUACUCCAUCUGGAAGAAUCCUCAGUCGGGCAUCAUCGGACCAAACAAACGUUGAUCUUUUCCUUCCCUUCUUUGUGGGAUUGACUGUCGCUAUGUAUAUUACUCUGUUAAGUGUCAUCAUAGUCACAUGUCAGGUCGCCUGGCCAUCAGUGAUAGCGAUAAUUCCACUAGUGGUCUUGAACAUCUGGUACAGGGGUUAUUAUCUUUCGACAUCUCGAGAGCUGACGCGUCUUGAAUCAAUCACGAAAGCACCUGUUAUUCAUCACUUCUCAGAGACCAUUCUCGGCGUUACGACCAUUAGGUGCUUCAGAAAGGAAGAAAGCUUUUUUAAGGAAAAUUUAGAGAGAGUGAAUUCGAGCUUACGAAUGGACUUUCACAAUAACGGUGCUAACGAGUGGCUGGGGUUCCGGUUAGAGCUGAUUGGAAGCUUUGUCCUCUGCAUUAGUGCUUUGCUCAUGGUCACUUUGCCAACCAGUAUUGUGAAACCAGAAUUUGUUGGUUUGUCUCUUUCUUAUGGUCUCUCUCUCAACGCUGUCGUGUUUUGGGCGAUUUGGGUCAGCUGCUUUAUUGAGAAUAGGAUGGUCUCAGUGGAGAGGAUAAAGCAGUUCACCAACAUUCCCUUUGAGGCACCGUGGAGAAUCAAAGAUUGCCUCCCCUCGCCAAAUUGGCCCACCAAAGGAGAUAUUGAUAUCAAGGAUCUAAAGGUUCGAUAUAGGCCCAAUACUCCUCUGGUUCUUAAUGGCAUUACAAUAAGCAUUCACGGAGGAGAGAAGAUAGGAGUUGUGGGUCGUACAGGCAGCGGAAAGUCGACAUUAAUACAAGCUUUGUUCAGAUUAGUGGAACCUUGUGGGGGCAAUAUCAUUAUUGACGGAGUAGACAUUUGCACAUUAGGCCUUCAUGAUCUGAGGUCUCGCUUCGGUAUAAUUCCUCAGGAACCUGUUCUCUUUGAAGGAACUAUAAGGAGCAAUAUUGAUCCGAUUGGACAAUAUUCAGACGAUGAGAUAUGGCAGGCACUGGAACGCUGUCAGCUUAAAGAUGCAGUAGCUUCUAAACCUGAAAAGCUUGAUGCAUUGGUUGUUGAUAAUGGAGAGAACUGGAGUGUGGGGCAGCGACAACUCAUCUGUUUGGGCCGGGUGAUCUUGAAGCGUAGUCGGAUACUGUUUAUGGACGAGGCGACUGCCUCAGUGGAUUCGCAAACCGAUGCUGUGAUUCAAAAAAUCAUCAGAGAAGAUUUCUCGGCUUGCACGAUCAUUAGCAUUGCUCACAGAAUACCCACAGUUAUGGAUUGCGACCGAGUUUUGGUUAUUGAUGCAGGGCUAGCAAAGGAAUUCGACAAACCAUCGAAUCUGAUCGAGCGCCCGUCUCUCUUCGGCGCGCUGGUUCAAGAGUAUGCCAACCGAUCUUCUGACUUAUAGAGUAAUUUCCUGAUGCCGAAAUUUUUGCCUCUCCAAACUUCACGAAUCCGACCCGGUUGCCUCGGCAUGAGAUUCUCAAGACUACUAAGCUCCAUUUAUAAGCAGAAUACGAUGUACUCGAGCCGUAUGUGGUUGUGGAGCAAAUCGCAAUAAGUGUUUCGGAGACAUCGACACAAUAAGGCAGGACAGAUAAAUUAUAAUCGACGAACACACUUUCCAUGAAGUAAUUAUCCUCUUAAAUAUUUGUAUUGUUAGCGACAAUAUCACGUUGAAGAAUUACGAUGAAAGUAUCAAUGCAUAGAAGGUUUAGUUGCUUGUAAGCUCAUGUAUUGAGUGGAAAAUUCUGCAUAGAAGAUUUAGUUGCUUGUAAGCUCAUGUAUUGUGGAAAAUUCACUGCAAAAUAUACUUCUUUGAUACUAGUGGAUCUCCCAAAAUCCAGCAGAAUAUCAAGAAAAAUCUUGAUCUAC